AUGAGAAGAGUGAUGCAAAUACCAUGGAGCUCCAGAAGAAGCCAUUGCAUGAUGGGCAUGACCAAGCUUUGGUUCAGUCUCUCACUUCAACCACUUGCCUCAAUUCUCCAAUUUUCUUCUCUCACCCAAACCCAAAACCCCUCCAAUCCACCAAUUGCUCUGACCAAGCAAGUCUUCACCACCCUCUUACAAUCAUGCUCUUCCUACCCAAACCACCUCAAGCAAAUUCAUGCCCUCAUCCUCACCACAGGCCUCUCUAUCAAGAACAGCCUCAUCACCCAACUUCUCACCAAUCUCACACUCUUAGGGGACAUGUCCUAUGCCCGCCAAUUAUUCGACCAAAUGCACAAGCCACGCGUUUUUCUAUGGAACACCCUUAUCAAAGCCUAUGUCAAAAAUGGUAUUUUUACGGAGGCGGCUUUUGUUUAUAGACAAAUGCACCUUCUGGGUGUUCGUCCUGACCAGUUUACUUACACGUUUGUGGUCAAGGCAUGUGCUGAACUGCCCGAAUUAUGGGCUGGAUCAGCUGUCCUUGCCCAUGUGGUGAAAUAUGGGUUGGAAUUCGUUGCUAUGGUGAGGACUGAGCUGAUACUAAUGUUUGCGAAAUUCGGAGAAUUGGGUAUGGCGGAUUUUCUAUUUGAAACUAUGGUUGAGAGGGAUUUGAUUGCUUGGAAUGCUUUCAUUGCGGCUUGUGUACAAAAUGGCAAUGCGGGUAAGGCUCUUGCAUUGUUUCGCCAGAUGAAUGGAGCUGGAAUUAAGCCUGAUGCUGUUAGUGUUGUGAGUGCCUUUUCAGCUUGUGGUCAAUUAGGGUGUUUGGAGAAUGGGCAAGAAAUCUAUGGGAUCAUGAGAAAAUAUGGGAUUGUUUGCAAUAUAAUUGUUGCCAAUGCACGGCUUGAUAUGUAUGUGAAAUGUGGUAGCAUAGACAUGGCUGAGGCGUUGUUUGAGGAUAUGCCUCAGAGAAAUGUUAUUUCCUGGAGCACUAUGGUAAUAGGGUAUUCCAUAAAUGGGGAGAGUGAAAAGGCAUUGAAUAUGUUUUCGAGGAUGCAAAAACAUGGAGUGCAACCAAACCAUGUCACUUAUCUUGGAGUUUUGUGUGCAUGUAGCCAUGCUGGGCUUGUAAAUGAAGGCAAGGCUUAUUUUAGUCACAUGGUCCAAUCUGGUAACAAGAAUAUUCGACCAAAAAUAGAGCACUAUGCAUGUAUGGUUGACCUUCUAGGCCGGUCAGGACAUCUUGAGGAGGCCUAUAAUUUCAUAAGAAGUAUGCCAAUUGAACCGGAUUCUGGGGUGUGGGGAGCUUUAUUGGGUGCCUGUACAAUCCACCAAAAUGUUGAACUGGGGCAGCAUGCAGCUGAUUUACUUUUUGAAGUAGCUCCAGAUAUUGGUUCAUAUCAUGUCUUAAUGUCAAACAUAUAUGCGGCUGCUGGAAGAUGGGAUUUUGUUGAUAAGGUGAGGCUCAGAAUGAGAAAAAGAGGUGUUAAGAAAAUAGCUGCCUACAGCUCCGUUGAAUGUAAUGGGAAAUUCCACAUUUUCUAUGGUGGAGACAGAUUGCACCCGGAGUCAUCAGAAAUAUAUGAGAAGUUGGAGGACUUAUUGAGAGAAGUGAAGAGUAUAGGUUACAUUCCAAAUACCAGCUCCGUGUUUCAUGAUGUAGACAUAGAGGAAAAGGAAGCCACACUGAACAGUCACAGUGAAAAGCUAGCCGUUGCAUUUAUUCUUAUAAAUCUAAGGCCUGAAUGCCCAAUUAGGGUGGUGAAGAAUCUGAGGAUUUGUGACGACUGCCAUAGUUUCUGUAAAUUUGUUUCUAAAACUACCAAAAGGGAGAUUGUCAUGAGAGAUAAAAUCCGUUUUCAUCAUUUUAGAAAUGGUGAUUGUUCAUGCAACAACUUUUGGUGA